AUGCGUAUCGAAAGUCUCUGUCACUUCCUCGGACUUGCAACCUUUGCAACGGCCAAAUGGAUCGUACCAGGUGCCCGCUGGCGUGACACAGAUGGCAACAUCUUUAAUGCCCAUGCGGGUGGGCUUGCCGUAGAUCAGGAGAGUGGCAGGUUCUACUGGUUUGGCGAGUACAAGAUUGAAGGCCAGGUUGAGGGCGGUGGCAUUUCCGUCUACAGUUCUGAUGACCUAGCUACUUGGACAUCUCAUGGCCUGGCUCUUGAACCAGUUGAGGGACAUCCUUAUGUCUCGUCUCACAAUCGCAUUCAACGACCUAAAGUGAUCUAUAGCAAGGAAACCGGCCAGUACCACAUGUGGUGGCAUGUCGACGAUUCAAAGUACAGCCUUUUGCUCCAAGGCCUUGCAACUUCCGACAAUAUCGCUGGUCCUUACAAGUUCCAAAACGCCAUAUCACCUCUUGGCAACUGGUCCCAAGACUUUGGAGCCUUCACAGACUUCAAGACCGGCCACUCGUAUGCGCUCUACUCCAACGGCGACAGGCCUGAAGCCCGCGACGUAUAUGUCAGCAAGUUCAACAGCAACCUUACCGACGUUGAAGAGGUCACCUUUCGAUUUCACAAGUAUGAUUUCGAGGCCCCAACAAUUCUGCAGACGGAGAAAAGCUACUAUGCUCUGUUGAGUCACAAGACGGGAUAUCGGCCUAAUAUUGGAAUACGGAGUCGUGUGGCACUUCCAGCCACACGCCCGCCAGGCUGA